AUGGCCCAUGAACUAACCGCUCGAUGUUUUUGUCCUUCCAGAUCUAGGCCCGUCCGCAUCUCCCGCCAACCCGGCGCUUUCUCCGCCGCCGCAGCACACUACACACCCGUCCAGCCUCCGAGCGUCGAGUCUCUCGGCCGCUGGAUCACCUGGCCGGUCCAACUCCCCCCGGGGCCGCAGCGUCACCCCGAACCCCCCAACACCCUCCCCGUCCUCUCGAAGUACCGUGCCGCCUGGGAUUCCUCGACGUCGCCGGAAAAUAGGAGGGCUGCCAGCAGUAUCUACUACACCACCGCCUGGGGCUCACCGUAUGCCGCACCCAGCCCUCGGAGACUUUCGCCGUCAUUGAGUCAAACCGGUGUUGUCGACCGUGUGUCCGGAAAUAGCUCUCCGGCCUCGAUGCGCAGUGGCAUCAACCACGGGUCCGAAUCGAAUAACCCCGAACUCUUGAGACCGUCAGACGCCCGAGACAGCUCAGCUAGACAACUGUACAGCGGCAUCCUUAGCCGGUCUCCAGGCAGAGACUUUUUUGGUAGGAAAGGAGGGAAGUCCAUCAAGGAUUUUACACAGGACUGGAUCAAUCAAUACCUCUCCGGUCAGCCAAGAACAGAACGUGGUAAUUGGCUAAGCGACGAUUCGGGCAGCGAGGCCCCAUCGUUCUUUACGGCACAGAACAAUUUCGCAGAGGACACCUCGGACGAUUGGCUCGGCCUGGAACAGGACACCCGCGACGAAGACCUCUUGAAGACGCCCACCCUCGCCGACUUCGUCACCCGAAGGGCCACCGCACCUCGUCGGGAAGGUAGUGUUCCUCGCCAAAGGACCAAGGAAUCCCUUCACAGGCGAGCCGACACCCUCCGACAAGAGGACUUUUGGGGGUUCGCAUACGACAAAGAUCCCCAGCCAAUCGCAAUGGACUCGAAGGAGGCACAGUCCCUCGUGGAACAGGGGUUGACUCCGGCAUUUCCGACGAUAGAGAAACCCCUCCCGCCAACCCCCGCCGACGAGUCGAGGGAUGCCCCCUCCUUGCUGGGACGAUCGGAGAUUCCUACCGAUUCCAAGGCCGUGAAAAGCCUGGGGCUCGAGAGGAACGGACAGACGCCGAUACAGAGAACCAGAAAGAAGAUUGUUUGGCGUGGGAAGGCAUGCUUCAUCGCGCUUCCGCCGGAAGAUAAGAGAGGCACCGAGGAGGCCGCCCAUCCCCUUUUGACCGUGGAAGAUGUCGACGAGCGAUUGAGGAAUUGGGAGGAGCAAGGCUAUGAUACCCGUGGAUUCAGUAUCUGCGGACAGGAAGACCUAUCGGAUGUCGAGUUGGGUGGCUUAAGUCGUCCGCUUUACCCCGACCCAGCAGACGUCCAGGAAGAAUGGGACACAGGGAGAUAUGGCGUCAGUAUCCCGAACAAAGCAGACUGGGAUUCAUAUGUCGCUUAUCUGCAGGAAGAAAAAUUGCGCGCCUUGGGCGUGUCCCUGGGCGAGAUUGAGCCAAAUCCAUCAAUAUCGCCUGCGUCUGGCGCUAUGAGCCAGAUGGGCCCCUUCCCUGGCCUUGUUUCGUCCCCACCGAUCCCGACAGCGUCGGCAGCCAGCAAUCCGAUGUCUCUGUCGCAUCAUUUCUCCCCUCAAUUGGGUCAGCAUGUAAACCCUGCCGGUCUGGGAACGCUGGCCUCCCCCGCUUCACAGUUCGGCAUGCAGACGCCAUUCCUGGGUGUCGAGCAAAACCUUUUGCCGGGCUAUUCUCUUCCGUUUCAACCUACCCCCCCUGCCCAGGGCUCUCUCACUCCUCAAAGCUUCUUCAAUGCGCGUCAAGCAGGCGCAGCUUCAAUUCCUGGCACACUCCCCCACCUGGGCUCGAUCUUGUCUCCUGUUUCUCCGCUGAACGAGCAUAACGCCUUCCACCCUGGUUUGAACGACCAACAAGGGCCACCAAAGGAAGUUUACGGUGACCAUGAUAUGCGGGACAAUGCUAUUGAAGGCCAACUGCUGCGUCCGGUUCACACACCUACAGAGAACCCCGAUCAUUUCCACGCCUCGACCGUUGAAAUUGCCCAGCCCACACCCCGUGGUCACAGCCGCGGCCAUAAUCUGAGCGAAACACUCCAGAAGGGCCUGGACAGGAUCGCCCCAAGUUAUCACCUGGAGGAGUCUAUAGAUCGACAACUUGACGAAGGCGAUCGCGAGCCAGCUCUCCACAACUUCGAUGGCUCCGCACUGCUGCAGUCUCGGUGGGCUUUACCAGGGAAUGAAAGUCUCGGGGCGCAUCAGUUUCCUCAACACAUGCAUCAAUUUUAUGGUGGAAACUACGUUGGAGAGAAUGUCCACGAAGGCUCCGAUAUUGAUACGAACCCAAGUCUUUCUGGAACGCCUCAGCGACAUGGGCCUCUCGCAAAUAACAUGCCGUGGCAUGAGUCAAAACCAAGUGGCGGCUCAUACACUGGUGGACACCGCUCGAAGCUUUCAUCAUCUACUCUGAAUGUUGACGCGAAAGAGUUCAACCCGUCUGGUUCCGGGUCUUCACAAGGGUUCCAAUUCCAAGAGAACCCCUUUCAGCCCGCAGCUGUUCAAAAUCCUAUGUUUACAUUUGGUGGCCCGGUAUCGAGUUUCAACCCUUCCGCCAGUGCCUUCAAUCUCUCCGCCCCUUCAUUCACCCCCAGCGCCCCGAAAAGCCAUACCGCUCGGGGGUCUGGCGACUUCAAAUUUUCUACCGCCUCCUUCAAUGUCGCGGCGCCUGCCUUCAAUCCUACCGGCAGUACUUGGGUCGCAAAGCCUGAGCGGCCAGCAGCUGCCAAGACAAAGAUCUUCGACGAUACCGAUGCGUCAGAAGCGUCGAAGAAGAAAUCCAAGGCCAUUCCCAUCGUUCGACCAGAUGAGACCAAGGAAGAAAAGAGCAGUAAAGAGGAUGGCGAGAUUGAGAACAACCGGCCAACCCGCACUGACCGUCACAAGCGUGCCCGCCGUGGUGAUGAGACCACGGAUGGAGAAGCUCAGAUCAGCAUGUCUCAUGCUCUGUCAGAGACCAGCAACCUCCAGGCAUCGCAAGUGCCCAGUGGACCUUACGUGCCUGCCGAAGGCAAAGAAAACGAGGCCCCCGAGGAAGGACAGAACAACGCAACGCUUCAGAAGCCUAUCCAUAUUCAGGAUGACAAGUUUGCCGAAAGGAAAGAAACACCGAUCAGCGAAGCGUCUACCUGGACACCAUUUGAGAAGAAGAACGAUAGCACAGAGUCAGCCAACAUCAAAAUAUCCGAAUCCGAAACGCGCCCUGCCGCAAAAGAAAUUCCUUCGUCUAUCGACGUCAAAGAGCAGGAGCAGCCCAAUGCUAGUCCAAAGCUUACAUUCCUGUCACCGACUGCGAAGGCAUUCCAAUUCAAACCCUCCGUGCCUGAACACGCACCUGCUGCCGCUGGAGAGCCAACACCUGCUCCCAAUAUGGAUAACGGAAAGAGCGACAUUACUGCUUCGAAAUCUCCGGCUUCUUCGAAGCGUGACCUCAUACUGUCCGAAACGGCAGAAGACUCACCCGAUGAUGAGGAGCUCAACGCUAUCAUGGAACAGCUAAACGAUGAUUCGGAUGUUGGCAUUGAGCGGCUGAGUACUCCCCACCCUCGUGGUUUGCCCGACUCCGUUUUGCAUCCGUCCAAAGAGAAACGCCACAUCCCUGCCGAUAUCAGAAGCGAAGCUCCGAGCCCAAGUCCCGGACGGGGCCCGAUGGCUCAUACGCUGGAUGUACCCAAGCUCGAUUUCGAUGCCCAGUCCCAGUUCUCUGUCUCGCCUUCUAAGUUUGCCUCCGGCAUCCAGUCUCCCGUGCGGCAGUUGGCUAACCGGGAUGAUCACAUCAGCGAUUGGGACGAUGUUAUCUCAUCUGGUGAAGACGAGAAGCUGGCGAAUCGAAGCAGGUUCUUUGAUCGUCGGAUCAACGAUCUCGUCGGCUCCGCCAUCGAUGAGAGGUUGACGCCGCUGGAGCGUGCUCUGGGCGUCAUCCAAGAAUCUGUCAUCGCACUGACACCGGGUCCUCGCACGAAACUGGAAUGGAGUGCAUCCGUUGACGGCGAUCACAGCGACGCCGAUGAUGAGGAGGAUGCAUACGAAAAUGCGUCAUACAGUACACGGUCCUAUCUCCGCCAAAAGGAAAAGAUGGAUAAGCUGAAGAAUGUCUUUGUGGAGGUACUGGCAUCUCGUGACAGCGAGCAAGGAAAGGAUCAGGUCGCAGCUUCUGAACUCGCGCAACUACGUGAAAGCGUCUCUGCUCUCCAGGUUUUGACCAUACAGAAAAUGUCCCAGGACCCUGUCUCGGAGUUGAGAGAGAUGAUGCAAGAAUUCGCCUCAACCCAACUCAACAACCAGCAGCCCCCGCGUCCUUCCGAAGCGGAGGAAAUCGGCGCGGAAAGCCUCAUGCUCCAGAUUGAUGGUCUGAAGGAAAUGCUUAAAAUGUCUGAUGAGCGUGCUGAGCAGGAAUACAAGCUCCGGAGAGAAGCCCAGGACUCUGUUUCAGAACUCCAGCGGCUUCUGAAGGUCGUUGAAGAUGAUGCCGCGCGCCAUAUUGAGGCCGCGGAGUCUGCCGAGACUCGCCUGCUCCACUUCAAGGCAGAGAAGAUACCCUACUUCGAGAAUAUCCAGCACAAGGCCGACACUCUGGAACAAGAGCAAGAGACGCUCAAAUUUACUCUUGCUGAGCUGUCGUCAAAGAACAUCACGCUUCAAGGUACCUUGGACGAGUACCGUGUUUCUGGCGACAACUGGAAGCGGGAGUAUGAGAAGUCUCAGGUUGAACUGGAACAAGCCGCCGCGGAUAAGAAGGUCCUACGUGGUACUGUUGCCCAACUCAAGACGCGUCUGGAAGACGGCAUGAGUAUCCGACACAAUCUGGGCGAGAAGCUCGACCGUCUACAAGAUGAAAUGGCGACCGUUACACGAGACGUAACCCACGACCAGGCUUCUUGGCGACGACGCGAAGAAAAGUUGCACGCCAAAUACAACGAGUUGCACGCAGCAUAUGUCCGCGAGACGAAGCUGCGUGAGAAGCUCGAGCUGGAUCUUGGCGAGCUUGAAGAAAAAGAACGUGAGGCGGCUAAACUGAAGUUCAUCUUCGGACAAUCUCAACAGGAGAAUGCAAGACUCGAAGAGCUGGUGGCACAUCUGCGACUUGAGAAUCACGACAUGGAAGCCAAGGCCGCUCGCUUUGAGCGCGAGUUCAACGAGGCCCGUGAGAGCAGUCGGGUUGAGAUCCAACGCACCAGGAAUUCGCUUGAGUCAGACCUCGAGGUUGCUAACAGCCAAGUCAAUAUUGUUCGUGCUGAGCUGGAGGCCCAGAACCUCCGCCUUCAAAGUCAAUUGGACAACAUCAGACUCGACAGUGACACGGCCCGGGAGCGCUACGAGAUGUUGUUGGAAGAAGCGAACGAGACGAAGAUCAGCACCCUGGCUGCUGCUGCCGACGCUAAAGAAUUGGCUAUAGAGGAGCAACACAGGACGCACGAACGUGUUCUCAAUGACCUUCAAGAGCGCCACGCCCGCGCGCUGCACAACACAACUGAAGAUAGACAACGCGCAGAAACGCAUCUGCUGGAUCGGCUGGCUCUGUCUGAUGAAAAGGCUCAGCAUUACCAGGAACGCGUCCAGCUCCUUGAAGAGAGGCUUGAAAUCGCACAGUCUGCCGCCCGCGCUGCUGCUGAAGCGGCUCAGUUAGCCAAGGCGGCACCUGGUGCAUCUGUGCCUUCCCACUCGGACUCGCCCUCGAUCUCAUAUCGCCAGGGUUCGAUGGUGCCCGAAAAGAUUUCGCCUCAAGCUUUGAGGGAAUCGAUUUUGGUACUCCAAGACCAACUGCAACAGCGUGAAACUCGCAUUGAAGAACUUGAGCAAGAAGUCUCCGCCAUUGACAAGGAUGCACCCAACAAGAUCAAGGAGAAGGAUACGGAAAUCACCUGGUUGCGUGAGCUUCUCGGUGUCCGUAUCGAUGACCUCCAGGACAUCAUCAGAACCGUGUCACAGCCUUCCUUUGACCAUCAUGCCGUUCGCGACGCCGCCAUUCGUUUGAAGGCCAACUUGCAGAUGCAGCAACAGGAGCGGGAAAGAACGCAUUCCGGGCAAAGUUUCCCGAGUCUCCCUUCCCUAGCGGAGUUGACUGCAUCGCCACGAUCUUUUCCGUUAGCAGCCGCGGCGGCAUGGGGCAACUGGCGCAAGGGGAAAGAUACUUCCCACUCCAAUCUUUCUGAGCAGACACCGUCGAAACCAGGCAACGCCACUUCAUUUUUGUCGGGACUGUUGACACCGCCUGCUUCUGGCUUCCGACAGGCUUCCCCCCACACCGGUCCUUCUGCUCCAGGGGGUUCCAGACGUCCAUCUGAGAGUCGACCCUUAAGGAGCUACAAUACCCCGAGGCAGGCGCCUGCGCGUGCAAGCAGAAUGCGAGAGCCGCCGAGUACUCCGCCACUGCUUCGCAGGUCAAGCUAUGACCACGACGCCGAGCCCGCCGAUUACGCACACGACUCCUUCGGGGAGGACACCGAAAGCACGGCUGACGGCCUAGUGUCGGCAUCACCCAGAGAUGCGACAGACGGACCUUUUGGACCACAAAUACAACUAUAG